UUAAAUAUAUAUAUUUUCCAAACUACUCCCCUUUUCUAUGCUUUCUUCUCUACUAUCUAUAUCCGAAAAAGGAAGAUCCAUUCUUUUUCUUAAUCUGGGUAUUGGAAUUUUUUGUUGUUUUUUAUUUAGUUGUUGAAGUUGAAAGAAACUGUUUGCUUCUUUGUAUGCUGUUAAACUCUUUUUCCCUUUUUUUUUGGUGGAUUUCUUUGUAUGAGGAAAGUGGGGGUGUUUUCUUUGAACUGAAGUAUCUGGGCCUUUCUGAUAUUUGACUAACUUUGCUUGGUUGUUUUGUGAUUAUGGUGGUUUUGGAUUUUGGAUUUGAUGGGUUGAUUUUUUGGGAAAUCUCGAGAGGUAGAAGGUAAUUGGGUUUUUAAGAAAAAGGGGUUCUUAAAUUUGUUUUUGGACUAGUUUAAACUUUAGAUUUCAUGCUUGGUCCAAGACAAUGGAGAUGUUUAUGGCCAGAUUUUUAUUUCUUUAGCAUUGGCUGCUAUAUCUUAGUGAAAUAAUAUGAAGAACUUCCUCAAGAAACUGCAUAUGAUGUCUAAUCAAUCGGAAGAUGUACAAGGGUCAACUUCAUCGAAGAGUAACAAGUCCAGUGAUGUAUCAUCAUCUAGUGAUAGGCCUUUACAGUCAAGGCCUCAUCAUAGUCCUGACAACAAUAAACCAUUAUCUGUUCUUUCCAAUUGGUUAAAUUCAGUUGCUAAUAGAAAAAGUCCCAGUCCACCAUCUUCUUCAAAUGUGAAGAGGGAGGAAACUAUGGAACCUGCUGAUUUAGCUACUACUAGUGCUUUAGAGGCUGCUUUGGAUGCAGUAAGGCGUGAUUCAGGGUCUAGUAACUCAAGGGAUCCUGAUGUAGAAGAGGAAUAUCAGAUACAAUUGGCUUUGGAGUUGAGUGCCAGAGAGGAUCCUGAGGCAACUCAGAUUGAAGCUGUUAAGCAAAUUAGUUUAGGCUCUUGUGCUCCAGAGAAUACCCCAGCUGAAGUUAUUGCAUAUAGAUAUUGGAAUUAUAAUUCCCUUGAUUAUGAUGACAAGAUCCUGGAUGGCUUUUAUGACCUGUAUGGAAUUCUAACUGAAUCCACUUCAGAAAGAAUGCCUUCACUUCUUGUUCUGCAAGGGAAGUUGGUGUCGGACAAUGUCUCUCAGGAAGCAGUUUUGGUCAAUAGGGCUUUUGAUGCAAAUUUGUUGAAACUUGAACGAAAAGCACUAGCGAUGACUGCAAAGUUAAGAUCAGAACCUUUGGCUUUUGUAAGCAGCAAUCUGGUGCAAAAACUUGCAGUUCUAGUUUCUGAUUAUAUGGGUGGACCUGUUGCGGAUCCAGACAAUAUGUCACGAGCCUGGAGAAGUCUUAGUUACAGUUUAAAAGCUACCCUGGGCAGCAUGGUUUUGCCUCUUGGCUCUUUAACAAUUGGGUUGGCUCGUCAUCGUGCAUUGUUAUUCAAGGUUUUGGCUGACAGUGCUGGCAUUCCUUGCCGGUUGGUGAAGGGUCAGCGAUACACAGGUUCUGACGAUGUAGCAAUAAAUUUUGUAAAGAUUGAUGAUGGAAGGGAAUACAUUGUUGACCUAAUGGCUGAUCCUGGCACACUUAUUCCUUCUGAUGUAGCUGGAUCUCAUGUGGAAUAUGAUGAUUCUUUCUUUUCCAGUCCUUUGUCUAGAGACAUUGAUUCAUCUCAUAUGGCCUCUUCUAGUAGUGGGGUUGGGAGUUCUAUCGAAGAUAAUUCUGAAUUUGGGACAAUGGAGAGGAGAUCCAGGUUAAAAAAUUUUGCUGCUGGAGGAAACCAAUCUGAUGAAAGAGGUGAUUUUAAUGCUUUUGUAGAUUUAUCUGGGGCAACUACAAAACUGGAGCAAUCCAAGGAACCCAUAGAAGACCUGAAAGUCCCUUACAACAUGGAGAAGGUGCUUGUUCGAGAACUUCCAAACAGACCUAGUUAUCCUUAUGCACAUGCGAGAUCUCCUUCCUGGACAGAAGGUAUUAGCUCUCCUGCCGUGCGUCGGAUGAAGGUGAAAGAUGUCUCACAGUAUAUGAUUGACGCUGCCAAGGAGAAUCCACAAUUAGCUCAAAAGCUUCAUGAUGUAUUGCUUGAGAGUGGUGUUGUUGCUCCUCCUAACUUAUUUACUGAGAUUUAUUCCGAGCAGUUAGAUAGAUCGACUGUUGAAGUCAGGUUGUCAGCUGAGACUAAGGAUGAAAACAGACAGAGCACUGGGCUUCGUGAAUCUAAGAAUCAAGAUGAUUUUGGACCUUCUCAUUGCUUGCCUCCUCUACCCCAUCGCAAAGUAUAUGCUAAAGCAAGCUCUCCUCAUAACCAACCUGAGCAUCUUAUACAUGGGGAAGGCCUAAGGAUCACUUAUCCAGUGGAUACCAGGGAAGCCAUUGGACCUCCCGUGUCAUCACAAGUUGAUGCAGUUCCCAUUCAAUAUUCCAGAAAUGUUCCAGUUGCUGCAGCAGCGGCAGCAGCGGCUGCUGUUGUUGCAUCUUCAAUGGUAGUUGCUGCAUCAAAGUCUUGCACUGAUUCAAAUGUUGAACUUCCUGUAGCAGCUGCUGCUACUGCUGCUGCUGCUAUGGUGGCAACUAGUGCAGCGGUGUCUAAGCAAAAUGAGCUUAAUGAUGUAGUUGCUGACUCAGCUGGCAGUGAGCCACGAGGUAGUGGUGAAAGGGAGCAUGAUGCUUUGGGGGUCAAUUCUGAAGGUGAGAGAAUAUCUGAUAAAUCAGCUGGUAAUGAUAGUUCAAAGUCGGAUGUUGCACUUGAAGAUAUUGCAGAUUGUGAGAUUCCAUGGGAAGAUAUCACCUUGGGCGAGCGUAUUGGACUUGGAUCAUAUGGUGAGGUUUAUCGUGGAGACUGGCAUGGGACUGAAGUUGCUGUGAAGAAGUUCCUGGAUCAAGACAUCUCUGGGGAAUUACUUGAAGAGUUUAAAAGCGAGGUCCUAAUCAUGAAAAAGUUAAGACAUCCCAAUGUUGUUCUUUUCAUGGGAGCUGUAACUCGUCCUCCAAACCUUUCAAUUGUAACAGAAUUUCUUCAUAGAGGUAGUUUGUAUAGGUUACUCCACCGGCCAAACAAUCAAUUAGAUGAGCGGAGGCGUUUGAGAAUGGCACUUGAUGCUGCUCGGGGAAUGAAUUACCUGCACAAUUGCACUCCGAUGAUAGUACACCGUGAUUUGAAGACCCCAAAUCUUUUAGUUGAUAAAAAUUGGGUUGUAAAGGUUUGUGAUUUCGGUUUAUCACGGAUAAAGCACAGCACAUAUCUAUCAUCGAGGUCAACUGCAGGGACGGCUGAGUGGAUGGCUCCAGAAGUACUACGAAAUGAACCUUCAAAUGAGAAGUCUGAUGUAUAUAGCUUCGGAGUUAUCUUAUGGGAGCUCUCUACAUUACGACAACCAUGGGGAGGGAUGAAUCCAAUGCAAGUUGUUGGUGCAGUAGGAUUUCAGCAUCGUCGACUUGACAUUCCUGAUGACAUGGAUCCUACUAUUGCAGAAAUUAUUAGAAGGUGUUGGCAGACAGAUCCAAAACUGAGGCCAACAUUUGCAGAAAUUAUGGCUGCUUUGAAGCCCCUACAAAAGCCUAUAGCAAGUGCACAAGUAGCUAGAUCAACUGCAUCUUUAAGUGGUGGCCAUGAGAAGGUUCAGCCAUGAAGUUUUGUUGAAGGGUUAACAGGGAGAAAGCCGGGAUAAAGGUGACUCGCUGCCUUAUCAAUUUGCCAGCAGUUGGUUGGUCAUGAAAUGUUUGGGACAAAAUAUGAUUACACAUAAUUGAAGAUUACACAACAUGGAUAUACUCCAAUUUGGGAUGAUAUGAUUCUUUUUGCACAUUUUCCUUUCUGUUUUUGUUUUUGCUGCUUUCUUUUUCAAAAUUUUUUUGGGGGUCUUCAGUAACAAUCAUUUUCAAUGUUGUGCAUUUGUUUGUAAAAAGGAGAAAAAAAAGUGGAAGUUGUUGUAA